AUGUCCGUCUGCGGUGGACGGGAUCGAAAAAAGGAAAGUAGGAAACGUGCAUUUCGCUUUGAAGUGGAGUCACGGCGAUGGGUGCGACUCGGCGAGAUGAGGCACGACUCUUGCCUUCACGUCGUUGGAGGAACUCCAAAUGGAAAUGAACACGAGCGCUUGGAUCUGCGCACCUCCCGAUGGGAACAGUUGGCCGAGCUCCCUCGACUAAGAUGGAACCAUGCUCUCUCGUCUCUAAAGGAUGAGCUGGUCCUGGCCGGGGGAUAUUGCGAUCAAGUAGGAGAGACGUGUUUCGUGUACGAUAGAAGAAGCAAUUCGUGGCGGGAGGGGCCAAGCAUGCUAUUCCUCAUCAGUGAAGGGGAAGACCAAGAUGUGGUGGGGCGUGUCAGCCAGUCACUAACUAUCUUCCGAUCAGUAGAAGAAAUAAUGAUGAUCAAGUUAGCGAUCAGCAAGAACGACUACUUUAUCGCCUUGGGAUCUAUGGAAUGGACCGAUGAGGUACUCCGGGCCCUCUAUCGCAUCCGACCUCAAAUGCGGUGGACGAGCAAGACUCUCUUCGUUGUUCGAGGCUCAUCCAGGGGUCGACUGAGACUCUUUCAGAGACUCAAUCUAGAGAAUCUUUUCCCGGAUCUUCUUGAUGAUUUCCAAGGGAAGAACAUUAAGGUCUCUGCUGCACAUGUGCCGUUUUUCUUCAACUGGGCCGCAAAUGGGACGAUGGAAGACUGGACAGGUUUCGAAGGAGCGGCCCUCAAGGCCAUGGCCCAUCACUUCAAUUUCCGGGUCAUCCCAACCCCUGAAGCCAAAGGCCACCCGCGAGACACCAUGAUCACCCUUUUCAGUUCGCUGAUCGUUUUCGCUUCCUUGUGCAUCGGAGAAGCCAAGCUAGAAUUGCGGAUCGGGAGGGACAUGAAGGACGAUGUCAUAUCGCAGCUGAUUCAUCGUAUCCUGGAUUUCUCUUUAGAGUCGCAUCAACAGCUAUUCCUCAUCAGUGAAAGGGAAGAUUCGGAUGUGCUGGUGAGCCGUGACGGCCUUUCACGAACGACUUUCAGCUCCGUAGAAGAUAUGGAGAGGAUCAAGUCUGCAAGCAGCAGGAAUGACUUCUACAUCAUCUUGGGAUCUAUGGAAUGGGCCGAGGAGGCACUCCGGGCUCUCUAUCGCAUCCGACCUCAAAUGUGGUGGACGAGCAAGGCCCUCUUCGUGCUCGAGGCUCGUCCAGGGGUCGACUGGAUUCAGAAGGCUGCCGGUCUCAUGAUCCCAGUCACGGUGGCGAGAAGAAUCCGGCCCGAUAUGUACGGCUUCUAUGCCGUGUGUCUCUUUUGCAAUGGCUCUCAUCCGGGGAUGCAAUUCAUCCAGACGUGGAGGCCAGGAUCCAAGGACAUAUCCAAGAAUCUCUUCCCGGAUCUCCUCGAUGAUUUCCACGGAAAGGUAUUCACGGUUACUUCGACGCCCGUUCGGAAUUUCUUUAAUUGGAGCCCGGGUGACACGAUGAAGAAUUGGACCGGCUUCGAAGGAGAAGCCCUCAAGGCCAUGGCCCAUCACUUCAACUUCCGAGUCAUCCCAACCCUCCAAAAGACCGGCGGAACGGGGAAUCUCGUGAACGGGACGUGGGAUGGUCAAAUUAGGAUGGUUCUGGACGGGGAUGCAGAGUUUGCCGUCGGGAAGGUCUCCCAGACCUCGAUCAGGUACGAGUACGUGGAUUUCAUGAGGUUCGUCAUGAUCGAGACUGAUUCCUUCAUCACGAGAAAGCCACAGCUAUUGCCUUAUUACACCACCGUCUACCGACCGUUCCCCGUUCCCAUCUGGAUUCUCUGCGGCAUCUCCAUCGUCGUGAUGGGUAUCACAUUAGCCCUUUUCAAACGAAGGUCAUUCAAGGGCCUCCAGGUAGGGAAUGAAAUUUUCAAUGCCUACUCUAUCUUUGUGGUAAAAGGCGUCGAAAGAUUGGAUCGCGAGCCGGAACGAAUGCGGUACAUCUGGACGUUUUGGCUCGUCUUUUGUCUCUUUGUGUCCCUCAUGUACAAUUCUCUGAUAUCAAGCUACAUCAUCUACCCAGGCACUACCCGCCCGAUCAAUACACUGGAAGAUGCCGUCCAGAUGACGAAUCUCCCUUUCCAGAUCGUCCUUUACAAUGACGUGCUAGUCAAUACCUUUCGAGGUUCCAAGAACCCAACGUAUCAGAAAGUAGCAAGUCGCCUAAAAUUGGUUUAUCCAAACAACGUUGUCAUCAACCUCGACAGCAUGUUCGUAGACUUGCGGUUUCAGUUGGAACUUCUGAUUUGGAGGCAGAGGAAAGCAAACGACCCUGUAUGGACAGAGCUCCGCUUGGCUGACGAAAACUUCCUGGCACUGCCUUCUGCCUGGCCCAUCCGCAAGUACCAGCCCUACAAACCCAAGCUGGACCUCUUCAUCCAGCACUUGCACGAUGGCGGGCUCUUCAACAAGUGGAUGUCCGAUUGCGUCUUUUCGCUUGGGGGCUACUUCCCUCUCAAGGAUGUCAUCGACACCCCGGCUGAGGUCGACCGGAUUUCAUUCGGGAUCGUUCAUGUUCAAGGAAUCUUCUAUGCUCUUUUGUUUGGAUUGACCUUGUCGGUCUUCGCUUUCAUAUUGGAACUCCUGUGUUCACCAAAAAAUCGAGAAAUGGUAGGAAGACAUUGA